AUGCCGGAGCAAGGCAAUGCGCCACGAUAUAAAGGCGGACGGGAACCGCAACGGAAGAAACAGAAAAGCAAAGAAAAAUCCAAGUCUGAAGGAGGUGCAGAUGAGGUGGUGGAAUUGGAUGUGAAAAAUCUACUUCAAAGGAGCCGGCGGUCCCCAUCAGAAGAAAAUGGCAAAAAGCAAAGGGAUGAUGAAACCAGCGCAUCUGUUGUUCACGAGGGGAAAAAGGACUCUCCAUCACCGGAGACAGAAGUAACUGUUUCUGAGAUGUCUUCGACUGGAGAAGGUCUUGCACUAUCGCACAACGGUGACCAUGUCUAUAUCGUCCCUUUUGCGCUUCCCGGAGAGACGGCUCGGAUCAGGGUGUACAAGACGAUCAAACAGAAGUCCUAUAGUUUGACAGACUUGGUCGAGAUUUUGAAACCUUCUCAGCAACGUGACAACUCUCUUAUAAAGUGCCAGUAUUUCGGAAAGUGUUCUGGAUGCCAGCUGCAGAUGCUCCCAUACCAGGACCAGUUGCAGCAUAAGAAGCGGAUUAUAGAAAAAGCAUAUGCCAACUUUUCGGGAAUAUUGCCUGAGCUUAUACCUGCGAUUGGAGAGACAAUGGGCUCGCCUAUGCAAUACGGAUACAGAACCAAGUUAACUCCUCAUUUCACCCAGCCUGCUCGCAACCGGAAACAAGAGCAUGGGAGCGGCCCUCCUGAAGUUCCUCCUAUUGGGUUUAUGAUAAAAGGGCGUCGUAAGGUCAUGGAUAUUGAGGAUUGCCCACUUGGUACAGAUAUAGUCAGAAGGGGAUUGAAGAAUGAGAGGAAAAGAGUGGCGGAAAACCUACAUCAGUAUAAAUACGGUGGCACGCUUCUGGUUAGAGAAAGCACGAAGAGGAUAGAGCGGAACGAGGAGAAUGAAGCUUUGCCGUCAAACGAUAAAGUGAUACGAACGACAUUCCCAAACUAUGUUGAGGAGAAAACAUACAUCACGGAUCAAAAUGCUAUCUCGGUUGAAUACGUGGAUGAUUACCAGUUCCACAAUAUUGCCGGGACAUUCUUUCAGAAUAACAAUUCCAUUUUACCGGCGUUUACAGGAUACGUUCGAGACCAUGCCUUACACCCGGAGCCCAAAUCAGAUGCAAAUCCAAUGGAGUCUAAAGUGGCUGCGACAUCCAAUCCCAAACUAAAGUAUCUCCUGGAUGCAUACUGUGGCUCAGGAUUAUUUACUAUUGUCCUGUCAGGCACUUUCCGCUCCUCUCUUGGCAUCGACGUCGCGGCAUCGAGCAUUAAAUGCGCGCGCGAAAAUGCCAAACUGAGCAAGGUACCUAACACUGGCUUUGCAGCAGCUGAUGCUGCAGAUUUAUUCAAAGAUAUCCCCUAUCCGGCUGAUCAGACGCUACUUGUGAUUGACCCUCCACGAAAGGGCUGUGAUACAAACUUCUUGAACCAGCUACUUGCAUAUGGCCCGACCAGGGUAUUAUAUGUUAGCUGUAAUGUUCACACGCAAGCUCGAGAUGUUGGAGUUUUGAUAGAAGGGAAGAACGGAGUCCGAUAUAACAUCGAGAGCAUUAGGGGAUUUGAUUUCUUCCCGCAGACGAGUCACGUAGAGAGCGUGGCUGUUUUGACGAAGGUUGUUGGGAGCAAGCCUGAGUAG